AUGGAAGUGCCCACAUCAACCGCGUUAGAAGCCGAUGAACCAGUUCUCAACCCUUCGACCAGCUUUAUGUCUGAAAGAGAGCCUGAAGAAGACGAACCUCAACUUCCAGAGCUGGCUUCAACGUCGAAACCGCCCGGCGGAGCCCUUCAAGGAUGCAAUGCAAAUUCCGAAACGACCCAAGGGGAAGCCUCGGACGAAAUUUCACAACCUCUACCAGUGAUUCCAUCACCUUCCAAUGGUGAGAUGGUGGUCAUAAAGGAAGAGCAGUCUUCUGACGUUCCAGAAAUUGUUUCCGAGCGAGAAGUUAGGAAGCGCAAACGCAACGAAGAACACGCUGGAACAACUGUCGUGCCCAAAAUCAAACCUGAAAUGGCUGGUAGUUCAAGCCCAGUAAUGUUAGUCUCGCCAGUACAAUUCCACACGCAAGAAAGCAUUGACUUGGGGGACAUUGUCAAGAAAAUCCAAACGCCCAGGAAGCGCCAAUUGCUAGAGCAAGCCGGACCACAGUCCGAAAUCAUCCCCCGCUCUAAACUUACUACUCUUACACCACCCCAUGCCGGAGCCCAACAGGGGGCGCAAUCCGCCAUUGCUCCUCGCCAAACAUCAGCUCUGAUGCCCUUAAGUGUCAAUGCGCGGAUAAUUCGACCGGCAUCGGUCAAAAUUCAGCAAAAAAGCCAUUGGUUCCAGCUAGAUGACAGCAUAGAGAGCCUAGCUGAAGAUGGUGCUGCGUAUAAUGCCCAAGCGCCUACUGAUCAAGUUAAAUCACCGAGCGUAUCUUCUACUAAGAGUCGACUGGACGCUUUGCUCAAUGACCCCCUUGCACAGUCGGAAGAUGAGAAUAUCAUUUCCAGGCUACCCAAAAGAACCGAGUCAAGGACCACAGCUCGCCACACGGAUCUGGGCAUCCCAGGACGACGACAGCUUCCAUUUGACAGGGACGGACAUAUAUCCAGUAAAUCAACACCAGGUGAACGAUCCUUGACCCUGAAAAGUGUUUCUGAGGCAAAGACGCGAGGUGGCGGUUUUGCCUCACCAUGGCAGACUAUAAAUCGUCCGGAUUCGAGGCCGUUAAGGCACAGGCCGCUCUCGAAACUUGGCUUGGAAGAUUUCAAGGUCAAUCCACGUGCCAAUGAAGGCCACGACUUCGCCUUCAGCGAGGUAGUAAGAGAUAAGGGCGACAGGACAUGUUUACCAGGAUGUACGGACAUGCAUUGCUGCGGAAAAGAGUUCAGGGCCAUUGCCAUUUCACAACGGCCCAACCCGCCUUUAACGGCCGCUCAGCGACAAGAGGAGCAGAAGCUCCUGGAAGACUAUCUAGGGGACUUUUCAUACCGCCUCGCAUCGAUGGAUAAGGACGAACGAAUGGAAGUCUGGAUCGAGGCCAAGACGCACGAAUUGGCACAUAAAUAUGGCAAACAUAGACAUAGAUUCUCUCGCAUGCAGUCGCCCCCAGGCUUCUGGGAUGCAGACUUUCCAGAUACGCAGCAACUGGAAGCGGAUAGAGAGGAAGCUGUGAAAAGAACAAGGCGAGCAGUUGCAGAGCGAUACCGGGAAGCCAGACGACCCGGCGGCAGAUGGAUGUUCAAGGAUGAAUGA